CCCCCCCUUCCCCGGAUGUCUCAGAAUCUCUUCACUGCUCCUGCGAGGCCGCUCUCUCAGAGACUAGGCCCCGAGCUUCUGGCGGCGGCGGCAGGAGCGGCAGCUGCUCCGGCAUGGGCGAAGCACCGUGACAGCGAGGCCCGAGUCCGUCCGUGCGGGAGCCAGGAAGGCGGCAGCAAGGCCUCCUUUGCCUUGGGGGCACCGGCGUCAGCGGUGGCCGCCACUACGGCGCGAAAGGCGUUUCAAGGCCGGUCUGCCGCGUCUGCUCUCUUGCUCGUCCCGCGGUUGCUGCCGAGCGGCAACGGCAACGACGACGAGGUCACGACGGCAGCGGUGGGGUCAGAGGGUAAAGGUCGCUCCCCCAGCAUCCUCCGUGCGGGGUGCUCAGCCAUCUUGAAUCCUCGGGACAAGAAAAUUCAUGCGGUGACAAACAGCAUGUUUGGUGCUUCAAGAAAGAAGUUUGUAGAGGGGGUCGACAGUGACUACCAUGAUGAAAACAUGUACUACAGCCAGUCUUCGAUGUUCCCACAUCGAUCAGAAAAAGAUAUGCUGGCAUCACCAUCAACAUCAGGUCAGCUGUCUCAGUUUGGGGCAAGUUUAUACGGGCAACAAAGUGCACUAGGCCUUCCAAUGAGGGGAAUGAGCAACAACACCCCUCAGUUAAAUCGCAGCUUAUCACAAGGCACUCAGUUACCAAGCCACGUAACGCCAACAACAGGGGUACCAACAAUGUCACUUCACACGCCUCCAUCUCCAAGCAGGGGUAUUUUGCCUAUGAAUCCUAGGAAUAUGAUGAACCACUCCCAGGUCGGUCAGGGCAUUGGAAUUCCCAGCAGGACAAACAGCAUGAGCAGUUCAGGAUUAGGCAGCCCUAACCGAAGCUCACCCAGCAUAAUCUGUAUGCCAAAGCAACAACCCUCUCGACAACCUUUUACUGUGAACAGUAUGUCUGGAUUUGGAAUGAACAGGAAUCAGGCAUUUGGAAUGAACAAUUCUUUAUCAAGUAACAUUUUUAAUGGAACAGAUGGCAGUGAAAAUGUGACAGGAUUGGACCUUUCAGAUUUUCCAGCACUAGCAGACAGAAACAGAAGGGAAGGAAGUGGGAACCCAACUCCAUUAAUAAACCCUUUAGCUGGAAGGGCACCCUAUGUGGGAAUGGUAACAAAACCAGCAAGUGAGCAAUCCCAGGACUUCUCAAUACACAACGAAGAUUUUCCAGCAUUACCAGGCUCGAACUACAAAGAUCCUACAUCGAGUAAUGAUGAUAGUAAAUCUAAUUUGAAUACAUCAGGAAAAACAUCUUCCAGUGCAGAUGGACCUAAAUUUCCUGGAGAUAAAAGUUCAACAACACAAAACAAUAACCAGCAGAAAAAAGGGAUCCAAGUGUUACCUGAUGGUCGGGUGACCAAUAUUCCUCAAGGGAUGGUGACCGAUCAGUUUGGAAUGAUUGGUUUGUUAACAUUCAUCAGGGCAGCAGAGACAGAUCCUGGCAUGGUACAUCUCGCAUUAGGAAGUGACUUGACAACUCUAGGUCUCAAUCUCAACUCUCCUGAAAAUCUUUACCCCAAAUUUGCAUCACCUUGGGCUUCUUCACCUUGUCGACCUCAAGAUAUAGACUUUCAUGUUCCAUCUGAAUACUUAACAAACAUUCACAUUAGGGAUAAGUUGGCUGCAAUAAAGCUUGGCCGCUAUGGGGAAGAUCUACUGUUUUAUCUCUAUUACAUGAAUGGAGGAGAUGUAUUACAACUAUUAGCAGCGGUAGAGCUAUUUAACCGAGAUUGGAGAUACCACAAAGAAGAGAGAGUAUGGAUUACCAGGGCACCAGGCAUGGAGCCAACAAUGAAAACCAAUACAUACGAGAGGGGAACAUACUACUUCUUUGACUGUCUUAACUGGAGAAAAGUAGCUAAGUAUGCGAUUAAAUGUCUCAGAGAAGAGUCAACUGUGGUAUCAGAAAGUUAUCAAAAUUGGCACAAGGAAUUCCACCUGGAAUAUGACAAGCUAGAAGAAAGGCCUCAUCUGCCAUCCACUUUCAAUUACAACCCUGCUCAGCAAGCCUUCUAAAGACUUCCCUUGUCUUGGGGUAUGGCUGUCUCAGCACAAUACUCAACAUAACUGCAAAACUGAUGUGGCUCAGGCAUCCUGGUUUUAAUUCCUUUUGAGGAUCUGGCAAUUGGCUCAUGCAAAAGGGUCACUAUUUGAAGUCCUGCCUUACUAAUUAUGUGCUGCCCAACAACUAAAUUUAUAAUUUGUUUUUCUUUAGUUUGAGCAGGGUCGGAUUUUUUUAUUUUCUUUUUUUUUUCUUUUUUGCCAGCAGACAAGCUUGGGUCUGUAAAGACAAGCAAGUACACUGACAAAAGUUUACCACUUAGUUUCCAAAAUGUAAAAAAAAAGAAAAAAAGAAACAAGAAACAGACAAUAAAAUUUGCAUUGUUCAUUGUAGCACUCUUGGUAAUAAAAAAAAAUGUUUGUGCAUUUUUAUGUGAA